UAAGUAAAGGCGUCCAUCCAGCGAAUCAAUCCCUUGUCUCUCUUCUCUUCUUCAUCAUCAGACAUUUUCGUUUUAAUUUUCUUUUCUUCCCACCAUUUUACUUUCUCUCUCUACAAUUCUUAUUCUCUCUCCUAGGGUUAGGGUUUCCCCCAAAAUUAUGCACCACGGCAACGUCUUCAACUCCCUCUGCAAACUCUGCACUUUUCCCCUAAUUCAACUCUCUGCUUCCUCCAUGGCUUAAUUACUUCUCGUUUCUUCUUUCUCAAGCGGUUGCAGUCUUGGAAUGGAUGGGUAUAAUGUUCCUGAACAUGGAAAUCCAGAUGCUUACCUGAUUCAAGGCACUACUAACCCUAAUUCACAAUUGACAAUUCCUUUUAUCGAACCACUUGAAGCCAUGUAUAACGAAGGUGCUCCAGAGUUCGUUGUUGAUCAGGGCAUGUAUUAUCCUUCUGCUAGCGGUUACGGUUAUAUUUGUACAGGAUUGGAAUCGCCUGGUGAUUGGGAUGACCAACAUAGAGUUUUUGGUGUGGAUGGUCAGAAUGUCCAGUUCAUAGGCGGGCAAACAGAAAGUUACCCUUAUGUGUAUUAUACACCUAGCUAUGGAUAUGCACAGUCUCCCUAUAACCCAUACAAUCCUUACAUUCCGGGUGCUAUAAUAGGAGCUGAUGGCUCUUUUGUGGCUGCACAACAAUAUUACGUUCCCACGUAUGAAAACGGUUCUUCCUCACCAGCUUAUUUUCCCAUGGUUGUCCAACCUGGCACAGAAACUUACACGACCGGCACUACAGACCAGUUCAUGGAUAUGGCUGCAUCUACUGCUAAUCGGAUUGAUUCAUCAGGUGUCAACAGUAACUCAUUGUCAGAAACCGCAACAUAUUCCAUGAAUCCAGGAAGAGGUUCUUCAAAUCACACAAAUGCCCCUGGAAAAGUUUCGGAAAGCUUCAAAAGUAACGAUGGACCGAAUAAGAUAACUGCAACCAGUGGCGGGCUUACUCCUAUCACUGGUUCUGUUCCCGCAUCAUCACAAGCGCUCCAGGUUCGAGGUGCACAAGCUAUUGAUAAUCUUCCAAAUGGGAAAACUGGUGCUAAUAAUAACCAUCUUAAAAGUACUGUUUCUUCUGGUAAUGGUUUAUCUAACUUAGCUUCAAGUGAUAACGGGCGGGUAACGGUGGAUAAGGUUCGUUCGAAGGUACCUUUUGGGAAAACUACCAAUGACGUGAAUGGAAAUCCCAAUAGUUUGGGUGAACAGAAUCGUGGUCCUAGAACAUCAACAUCAAGUACUCAGUUGACUGUUAAAGCCUACUCGACUAGGGCUGGAAAUAUUGACGCCCAAGGAAAUAUUACGAUACACAUAGACCAGUAUAACAAGGAUGAUUUCCCUGUUGAAUAUGCGAAUGCAAAGUUCUUUGUUAUAAAAUCAUAUAGUGAAGAUGAUGUUCAUAAAAGUAUCAAGUAUAACGUAUGGUCAUCUACGCCUAAUGGAAACAAGAAGCUGAAUAACGCCUAUGAAGAAGCCCAAAAGUUGGCAGCAGGGGACCCCAAAGGCUGUCCUAUCUUUCUCUUUUUCUCUGUUAAUGCAAGCGGGCAGUUUUGUGGCGUUGCUGAAAUGACUGGACGUGUAGAUUUUCAUAAAGAUAUGGAUUUUUGGCAGCAAGACAAAUGGAGUGGAAGUUUCCCCGUGAAGUGGCAUUUUGUAAAAGAUGUACCGAAUCCCCACUUCCGGCACAUAAUAUUAGAGAACAACGAGCAUAAACCAGUGACCAAUAGUCGUGACACACAAGAGAUUAAAUAUAAGAAAGGUAUAGAAAUGUUGAAAGUAUUCAAGAACUAUGCAAAGAAGACGUCUUUACUUGAUGACUUCAUGUACUAUGAGAACCGACAGAAAAUAUUGCAAGAAGAAAAAGCCCGAUUACUAGUUAAAAGCUUUGGCACCCCAGUAUUUGUGCCCGUUCUACACCCUCCCCGCAAGCUUACUAAUUUCUACGGUUUUGCUUCAGAUGAGAAAUCUGGCAAGGAAAAUGAUAUAAAUACUUCAGACAGUAAUAGUGUUGCAAAUAAUGAUAAUAGACAAUUGGCUGAUGAAAAGUCGAAUGACGAUUUGUCACGCUUCAAGUCGCUUUCUAUAUCUUCAAAACAGGUAGAAACCAAGCCUGUAGAGAGUGGUGGUGGUGCUAGUGUUUCUGCAGUAUCGGCCGAACCUGUCAAUAUUGUGACUGUCGGGUCAAUGCCGGUCAAAGUCAAUGGGUUUGGUGAAUCUUCUGGGUUUUUGACUGUGGGGACAAUCCCACUUGAUCCUAAAGCUCUCCAGGUAAAGGAAGGUGGUGUGUCUACAAAAAUGGGGAGCAAGAAAGGGUAAAAAAGUCGAAUUGUGGUCGUAUAGUGGUUAUACGGGGUUGCGAUUGAUAUUUUGCAUCAUUUUAAGGGGAAUUGUACAAUUUUCAGUUGAGGGUGGUUAUGGUAGGUGAUAGGGGAAGCUGUUGAUUUUUAUUUUGGGGGGUGAUACUAAUCUGAAAAAUACGGCGUGUAAACCUUUUGCUCUUUUGUUUUCGCAUUGUGUCAUGGGAUCCCGAUAUACCCUUUUGCUCUUUUGUUUUUGCAUUGUGUCAUGGGAUGAAGAUAUACCGAUGUUUUUUUUUCUUUCUUUCGUCUUUGUUUGGUUCUAUGACUUGCGUGUGUUGCGAAAAUACGUUUAAUUCAGUUAAUAUUUUGACUCAUGAUUUAUGUA